CGCUGAAAUCAUUUUCAAGUAUCCUGGUUCGUUAUUUUUUUUUAAACUUUCAAUGUCGUUAGACGCAACCUGCGUAUACUUGGAUGCCAAUAUAAUGCUUGUUGGUCCCUAAUCGGAGUAACUGCGCAAUGAGAGGUCUAUACGAUUAGAAGAUAACCUAUACAAUACAAUUCUCUGACUCCUCGUUCCUAUACUCUACUCGAUUUCCGUAGCACGAGGGGUUUCUCUUUAUCCCACGUCCUCGCCGACAUCCCCGAAAUCUUCAGUCGCAACUUUUGGAGUUUUGUCCUGACACGAUGGCGACACCGCGAACCCUCUCUCGAAGCUUACAAAAACUUCGAUACCCCUCCUUCCGAUCUAUAUCACAACUGGGCCACCCUUCGUUUUCAACAUGUAGUAGGAUAAAGUCUCAUUCGCCGUUAACAUGUCAGCCUCGAGUCGUCGCUCCUUUAUUACGACAGUUUAGCACAUCCCCCUCACAUCAGCAUGGCCACAUACAUAAGCCCAAGGAAGGCGAAGAACUCUACGUAACGUUCAUAGAUAAGGAGGAGAAAGAGCACAAAUUAGCGGUGGCAGAGGGAGACAAUUUACUCGACAUUGCGCAAGCGCACGACUUAGAGAUGGAGGGAGCUUGCGGAGGAUCGUGCGCAUGCUCGACGUGUCAUGUGAUAGUCCUCGACGAAGGCUUUUAUGAAAAGAUGCCGGAGCCGGAAGACGACGAGAACGACAUGCUGGACUUGGCGUUCGGCUUGACCGAGACAAGUCGGUUGGGCUGCCAAAUCGUGAUGACAAAGGAGCUAGAUGGUCUAAGAGUCAAGCUACCCUCUAUGACGAGAAAUCUGCAGGCGAGCGAUUUCAGUUCGAAGUCAUGAAGGACAUGUCCGACUAAAUACGUAAAAGGUCUAAGGAAAUGAAGUGAUGAAAUCGGUGCAAUGUACCAACACGACCAGGUGCAAAUAACGGCGUGGCAACAGCGUGAAACCAGGCGUCUGGAAAAUAGGUACAUACUGAGCCGUCAAAUGUAUUAUAUUCGCGACGGAAUAGCUGGCGUCGAGAUAGACCGAACCCCAACUCUAACGAGGUCAUGU